AUGGCACACAAUGGCAUUGUUCGGAGUCAUCGGCUUACAAGGCUGAUGAAGCAGAAGCAUCGAACACGCCACGAGGGAGUCGACCCAGCCAGUCGAGCAGGGGAGGAGUCCGCACAAAAGGUCACUCAUGGGUCGUUGAUCUCGAGCAUGAAAAAGGCACAUGUCCUGGACCAUAGUAAGCGUCAUGGGUCGUCGGGGGAGGUAACGCACAACGACUCGGACGAUUCGCUAGAAAAGCGUCAGGAUUCCGCAGUUCCUCCAGGAUCUCAGACGGCGGUGCCGGCCCCGGUCAGCAGUGUCGUCGACGCACCUCCAGACACGACGGCGGCUCUUCCGACGUCCAUAUCGGAUUCUGCUUCCAGUCCAUCAACCGUCUCUGUUCCUGUCGACACACUCCCUGUGGCGGUGCCGUCGACCUCUUCGUUAAAUGAGAUUCCUCCCCCGUCACCUGGCCCGACGUCUUUCACAGCGGACAAUUCAACUACCACAAGCGCUAACGACUUGACGACCAUACCCACCGCUUCUGUUUCUUUCUCAUUGGACAUAUCGGUUUCAAUAUCCGUUUCGGUUCCAACAUCCACCGCUCUCAUUACUUCUGCGAGCAGCACCCAGUCGUCCGCUUUGAUACCUGGCGCUCGAUCCUCGAGUGUUAUAUCGAGCUCGACCCCUAAAGCCACGCCAAAGCCCACUUCGACCAAGAGUACGAUUUCGAGUUCGAGCUCAAGUGCGAGCACCAGCACCGUCAAUGGUACCAGUUCUUACAGUUCAUACGGCGGCACUUCCAGUGACUAUUAUGGGGAUUACUCGACCACUUCCGUCUCAGAGGCCACGACCACUGCAGACUUGUAUAGUACGGGAACGUCGGAUUUCGGAGGCGGAGGUUCAGGCGCAACUGCGACGGGCCAGGCUCCCUCGGCAACCACAUCUUCGUCCUCUGGCGGUGGCUUAGACAGCGUCACUACCAAACGCAUCGUGGGCGGUGUCGUUGGAGGUCUCGCCGGCGCAUUUUUCCUGCUUGGUCUGCUUCUCUUCCUGCUGCGAAGGCGCAAGACGACCAUGUUUCGACCGAAUCGUGGACUCCCAGCGAGCGAUGGGACCGGCGGCACGGCUGGAGAAAGGGGAUCCGUUUCACGCACGGAGAUGGCUUCACGGCGUUCGAGCCGCGACCCGCUGUUCACGGCAUCAUACUUCGCUCCGGCUUUUAUGAAGCGAUGGAGGCAGUCGAAUCAGACGGUGCGGUCUGACGACAGCACCUUCACCUCUACCACCACGAGCGAACGCGGGUUCCAGAAGAUCUCAGGCCGCAAAAUCCCCUCGGUGCUGCAGUCAGGAGGGGAUGGCUACGGUGGCGGGUUUGAUCAGGGAUCUCCGACCGCGUCGGAGCCCAGCAUGAACCUACCACCGGGGUCGCCGGUCCAACCUCGAUCGGUCAUCUCGCAGCCUCCUCCCUCGAUGCCGUACGGAAUGCCACUGGACGUGAGCUACACGCGGGAGGCGGACGAAUCCGAGUCGGUCGUGGUCUUCCGACCGUCUCCGGCCCGGACGCCGGUUGCCAGCUCGACGAACGUCAGCGUGGUGAACGUCCCGGCUGCCUCCCGUGCCAUUCCUCAACCGGGGGGGACAUUAUCCCCCACGAUGCCACAGCGGCCAGAUGUCCUGGGCCGCAGUCACCCAAGCUUCGACGGUAGCCGGGGGAGUCGCUUCACGGAGAGUCUGGACGGAUUGUGA